GCAGCUUACACAUUGUGGGAGCGAUAAUCAGGGUGAGCAAGGUACCGUAUCUGGGCAGAUCAUUUGUUUUUAGUAUGUCAAGAUCCAGUGUUUACCGGGUCGCUUCCAAAAUCCCAACCACAGGAAGCCUGUGCUUGCCACUCUUCCAGCUGGUGCUCUCAGAUCUAUCCUGUGAAGAAAAUGAAAUGUGUGUGAAUUAUGAUGAACAACAUCUCGGUGGUUGGUAUAUCUGGUUCCUAUUGCUGAUUUUCUUCAUGGUUCUUCUCUGUGGAGCAGUGCUUUUCUGUCUCCAAUGUUGGCUGAAAAGGUGCCAAUUUGAUCCACCCAGACGCACCAUGGCUGUUUUUGCUGUUGAAGACUUGGAUUCGAUAUAUGGUACAGAAAUGAUUGGCAGUUCAACAGCUGGCGCCUGCUUUCCUGCUCAGAACACUGAACUGUUCCCUGCUCCGUGUUUUGGUGCAUUAGGUCCUCCACCUCCAUAUGAAGAAAUUCUAAAAGCAAACUGAUUUUAGCCAGAAUCAAUAUUAUAAUGUGUUAGAGAUAUUUGCAAAUACGGUCCAUUUUAGGCACAAUUACUUGACUUAGUGGAAAUUCCUGGAGACCUACUGUAGAGUCACAACACUUCCAAGCAGGUGAAAGAGUGGUUGGCAGGAAAAAAAAAAAAAAAAAAAAAGAAUUGACUCAAGGGAGGUUUUAAUAGUCACUUAGUAGACUCUGCAGCACUGCCUUGUUACAGUCUUUAACUAGGUGCCAUUAACAUUUUAGUUCUUAAGGUGGUGGAAGUACGUGCUAGAUUCAUUUGCGUCAGCUUAGCCUCCCCCUGUCUUUCACAGCAUGUUAUUUGAUGCCCCAACAUCUCCAGCUUCAUCCAGCCUCUAAUAGAGAGGCAGGAUAAAAUAAAUAAUUUAACAGCGGCUCGGGCAUAGAUUCAGGUGUGACUAGAGGAAGAGUAUUUGAGCCAAAGCUGAAAUGAGAGCAUGAAAAGAAAAUUCUGUUUGAAAUUGACAGAGGAAAACAAAUGAAAGGGGAGAUUACAAGUUUCAUUCCCCAGUCGGAGAACAGAGAAAGGGUACCCGGAGGCAGAAGACAGCUUAAGAAGUAAACCAUAGGAAAUGGUGAUAUGUGUAGAGAAAGGGGAAGGAUCUCACUGUCCUUGCUGAACCCAGUCUUUUCCUGGUCUCUCAGGAUUCGCUUUUUUUUUAACAACAUAACAAGAAAGUUUGUUCUAGAUGCCUUUUUCUGCUUGAAGACUGACUGGAAAAGUAGGAAUGAGAGAUUUCCAAGCACUGUUUGGCAGGGGCAGAGGCAGGGCAGGAUGAUCCACAGCAGAUUCCACACUAGCUGCCUACAGCUGGCGAGUUUGCUUCGUAACAUCAUUGACGUAUCCACCUGACUGUCAAAUUCACGUAACUAAACCUCACUCCAAUCUUGUCUCAGCUGCGUUACCAAAGUGUUUCCAGCCCUCCUGUAGCUCAGUCAGCAACGUGUGCCUCCUGUCUUCUCACUUCAUAUAACUAUGUCAUCCAAAAGUGUUGUUGAGGCCGCUUUCAGAAUUCCCAGCCUCUGAAGAUUUCCUGUGAUAGCUCGGGUAUGACCCAGCACUGUGAGUCCUUGCUGGAGUCCUACAUUAGCUCUAAGCUAGGCCCACUUUUGUUCUCAGGUAUUCUAUUGACAUCAUAGUAGCCAGGAAAAUCCUUCAAAGAUGUAGAAUGGCUUUAGAUUUGCACAAAUACUGAGGAGAAGGUGGAGACAUUUUCCAUAUUCCCUGUUCCCAUACACAUACAAGAUCUCAUAGUAUUUUACCCCUCACUGGAAGUUAUGCCCUUCACCUGAUAAACCCACUUUGACACAUCAUCAUCACUCAAUAUAGUGUUGCACAUUUUAUGGGUUUGGUGGAUUUGCUUUGGCAUCAAAUACCACCACUGUGGUAGCUUACAGUUUUACUGUUAUGACAAUCCCUGUGUUCCACUUAACCAAGUUCCUGGCCACCAGUGAUCUUUUCAUUAUUUCCCCUGUUUUGCAUUUUCCAGCAGAGCAGUCAUUUGAAAUCACACAAUUGUAGGCUUUUGGGCUUGGCUCCUUGGAGUUUUAAAGAUGUAUGUAAAUUUCUUGUGUAUAAGUUUCUUCAUGGCUUGAUAGCUCAUUUCUUUUCAGUGCUGAGGAGUAUGCCAGUGUCUAGAAGUGCCAAUGUUUAAGUAUGUAUUCAUAAUUAAGUAUGUAUUUGCAUCAUUUCUUGAUAUGAAGAGUGAUCUUUUACAACUUGAGCAAUACUCUCCUGAUACUGCAACUUAGUUGAGAAAAGGUCAGAAACCUUGGCAUAUAGCUCCAUGAGAUCUGACCCUAUUUUAUUUUCCUUCCUUUAGAUGUUCUGUUCUGAAUGCUAUGGCAUAUUAAUCUAUUCAUUUGUGCCUUUAGGCCAGAGGUUCUUACUUUGGAGUCACCUAAAACCAUUGGAAAAUACAAUCUGUAUUUACAUUAUGAUUCAUAACAGUAGCAAAAUUACAGUUAUGAAGUAGCAACUAAAAUAAUUUUAUUGUUGGCGGUCACCACAAUGUAAGGAAGUGUAUUAGAGGGUCACAUUAGAAUGGCUGAGAAUCACUGCUUAAAAGCUCUAAUACUUGCCUCAACCACCCCAAUAUACCAAAAUUGCUACAACCCCCUCAACUUAUUUUGUAUUUUAGAAAAACAUCACCCUCUCAAUAGAGGCCAUUUUAAUUACCCUACUUUAAACUGCAGCCACUUCCUCCCUAAGCAAACCCCCAUCUCCUCAUCUGAGACACAUUUUAGUUUUCAGUAGCAUUUAAGCUAGAUUGCACAUAAGUGGACAGAUGUGUGUCUUUUGUUGCUAGAAUAGCAAUCUUCAUGUAGGGAACAUCACUCACUGGUUUGUACUGUCUCUGGUAGAGCAUAUUGAGAACUUAGUAUAUAUUUUUAUGAAAAUUUAUAAUUUCUGUUUGCUGGUUUUAGAAAUUCUCAGAGACAACUGCAUGGGCAUCUAAGAAGGGUGAGGCCUCGUGGGUAUGAGCAUGGGCAGAAAACAGGGUUGGCUAAUCCAGUACUGUUACCUAAUUCUCUUCUGCAUCUACUAACAAAAGGAGUCUAGAGGAAUAUAUCAGUGUGCUAUGCUCUACCUGGUGGAUGUGCCGGACUUCAUGUAUAUCAACUGCCUGUGCUAAUAGCAUCAGAUUGUAUGUUCCUCAUUGUCUCGUGAGCUGGCUUUUCCUAACCUCACGCUGCACGUGAUAGCAUGGAUAUGCUCUCCUUUCAGAAAGCCAUUACCAUUUCAGUGAGGUGUAAAAAAUGCACUUAAGAUUUAAAUCAAAAGAAAAGUAAUAGUAGUGACAAAAUGAUGGAGGGGCCUCAGCCACAAGAUGGUGGUACCUGAAAGGAAGAAAGAGGAGUUUAGAACUGUCCUCAGAGCUGACUGAGGUUUCCUCAUUGCUCUGCUUGCUGAGUGCCUUCAGAGAAGGAACAGAGAGCAGGCGAGCAACUCUAAACUGAAACCACUCAGAGGCACCAAGGUCAGGAGUGUGGAGCUCAUCCACACUUGUCAGGGAAUAUUAAUUAAUUCAUAUAACUAAGGGAUGCAGCAUUGCAGCCAGCCAGAGUGGAGUCACUCCAGUGAAGACAUGCAUGGCAACAGCAACAAGGGCCUUGGAGGAGUGAUACAGAGGGAAAUGGGAUGCAAAGCUGUCCAUAUGCAGCCGAUUGAAAGGGAAAAAAAAUGGAAAUAAACAAAAAAUAAGAGCAACUAUUAAAACCACGAAAGCCAGAAGCUGAGUUAACUAAAAUAUGAUGAAGCUGUGACUAAUCUAUAAUGAUACUGUUUUAAAAGGAUUAACUAUAAAUAAGUAACUGAUGUUGCUUAGAAAAAUUAGAAUUGUUAGCACUUUAAAGUCUGAUGCCAAGUGAAGGCAGGAGAUUACAUGUGAAGUAAGGUGGCAGGCUAAUAAAUCUAGACCUAAGCCCGGGUCUCAAGUGGGAGAAAGAAAGUGAAUGUUGGAUGAAAGCAUUCAAGUACAUCCAAGCCACUGGAGUCUCAAACAGAACACUGAGAAGGGAAAACUGUUGUUUCUAGAAAUGGGGUUCCAAUGAAAUGCUGGGCGGGAUAACGAAGAGCAGAGUACUGACUUGUUUUAAUCUCCGGUCUUAUUUCACUUAAGUGGUUAUGCCACUUCACUUAGACAUGCAGUUAAGCAACUAGAUGUCUUGGGAGUAAAAACUCACAGUUUUAAGCCCACAGAGGGAUUCAGAAUAUAACAAAACGUAAAAUGUUAAGAGAGCUUAGGAGACAAGAUUAGAGGUGGUUUCAUCUUUUACACACACUUCAGGGCUGUCUCAGAGUUCGAUUAUCUGUAUAAUUACUUAUUUCCUUGAAAAUCUUGAGCAGAUAUGAUCGUAUAUGCUUGUAAAUCGGACACUGGGGAAUCAAAAUCAGGACUACGAACUGAAGAUCUGAGGCCAGCCUGGACUAUAUACUGAACUGUCUAAAAAGAAAUGUAAGGGGACAAAAGAAGAGAGAAAAGAAAAGCUCAGAGUUCUCUUUUACGUGUCUGGAAAGAUGGGCAUGGCACAGACUCUGAUUUGAUUACUGUACAUUAUCCAUGAGUUAGUGAUUUCUGUACCUUUUGAAUGUGUACAAUAUUAUGUAUCAGCUACACAUAAUACACCAAUGGGUCACUCCUUGAACCAGAGAAUGUGAAUAAUAAUUAAACUUAUCU